UCGCACCAUGCAGGCCCUGCAGAUUGGCACCGUGGUUUGUGCUUUCAUCAGCCUUCUGCUGCUCCUCAUUGCCCUGGGCUCAGACUACUGGCUGGAAAUGCCUCGGGCCACAUUGGCCUCUGGAAAGCUUGUGCUAAAGUUCUGGCAAUUUAUACUUGUGGUUCAUUUGGGAUGGAUGUGAAAGAUUUCAUCCAUGUUACCCGAGCCUUCAUGUUCUUUGGGAUGAUCGCUGGAGCCAUCUCUUGCAUUGGUCUUUGUGGCACCUUUUUUAGCGUGCAAUUUGGCUCCAUCUCCAAGGCCAAGACCGCAGCCAUAGCCAGCAUUGUUGCAGCUCUUUGCGUCAUGAUUGCCAUGGCCGUCUACACAGGGGAGACAAGAGGAAAUGCCUAUUAUGGAUGGUCUUUUGGCUUCGGCUGGGCCUCCUUUCCUCUCUUCCUUAUAACUGGUGGGCUGGCUUUCCGCCUGAAUGCUGCUGCAACAGAAUGAGGAAAAGAGUGUGCUACAAUUUCAGAUGAGCUAUGUUGAUGUCACAAACACAGUCUACCCUGGAACAAGUUGGACCUGGAGGAAAUGACUAUAUUUUCAUGAUGAAGAUGACACAUUAUACACUAGCAAUGGAGUUAAGGAAUGACAAAUUCACAGCACAUUGCAAUUCGUUAACUGAAUACUGAACCAGCCAACUUAGUGCGCUCCAAAUGUUGUUUUGUUACAAAUUAGGGCUGCCAAAUCUUCUAAACCAAAGGAAAGGACAUUAAAAAAUUAUCAUAA